AUGCUUCAUGUGCUGGGUGCCGGCAGCAUUGGCUGCCUGUUCGCCCACCAUAUCGCCCGGGCAGGCUUGCCUAUCACGCUGCUGCUGCGAGCCGACGCGCUGCGCGCUUUCGAUGGCGUUGGCCGGGUCGUACGCUGCGGCGAUGAUGUGGCGGCAUGUGGCGCGGAGCAGGUGGAUGCGGCACAGGGAGGAGGGCAGCAGCAGAUCAGAAACCUGCUGGUCACCACCAAG